AUGUCGCCAGAUUUAAACUACGAAGAUGUGACUCUGAUUUGGUUGGAUGAGAAUAUCAAUGAAAAUUUUGAUUGUCUGGAUACAAAAUGUCGUUUAUGUACAAUUGUUAACUAUUUUAAAGUAUUCGACAAUGUUCAAGAAACGGUUGAUUAUGUUCAAUCUGCAUUACAUGAACACUUAUUUCUUAUUGUUUCUGGAUCAUUAGGUGAAACUGUUCUUUCAUGUAUUCACAACGAAUUUCAAUUGAAAUUUAUUUUUGUCUUUUGUAUGAACAAAGAGAAACAUUCAGAAUGGACAUAUAAAUAUGAAAAAAUAUGCGGUAUUUUUAUCGACAAAUAUGAACUUUUUCAUAAUUUGACUGCUAAAGUUCGAAUUUAUGAAAAAAGCUUAUUGACCAUUAGUAUAUUCAAUAGAUCAUAUACAACAGGUGAAGAACAUUCAAUUCGUGAUUAUACAAUUGAAGAAAAUGUUAAUUUAAUGUGGCUUGAAGCAUUUAUUAACAUUCUACUUGAUGUUCCACUUGAUAAAAAUGUGGCUAAACAAGAUAUGAUUGCUGAAUGUCGUUUAUACUAUACAAAUAAUCCAGCAGAAUUGAAAAAAAUUGAUGAAUUUGAAAAUAAUUAUUGUCCUGAGACUGUCAUUAAUUGGUACACUCGUGAUUCAUUUGUGUAUCGGUUAGUCAAUAAAGCACUGAGGAUGCUGAAUAUUGAUAUUAUUUUCAAAUUUCGAUUUUUAAUUAUUGAUCUAUACCAACAAUUAAAACAAUGUCAUAUUGAUUAUAUGAAAUCUUUAUCGACAAUCGAUCCGAAUAAAGUAAUACAUACAGUUUAUCGCUGUCAACAUAUUGGAACUCAUGAACUGGAAAAGUUGAAAGCCAGUAUCGGUAAUAUGAUUUGUCCCAAUUCAUUUUUUUCGACAACAGAAGAUUGUUUAAUGGCACAAUCAUUUGUUGCCGGUUCUUCUAGUUCGGAAUGUGUUAUAUUUCAAAUCGAUAUUCCUGAUUCUUAUUAUCAAAAUGCUGUUGAUACAUCAAACUAUAUAUGUCCAUUUUUGAAAAUAGAAAAUUUAAGUCAAUUUCAAAGUGAAAGUGAAGUUAUAUUUUCACUUGGAGCAUUAUUUCGAAUAGAAUCUGUUGAAAAAUAUAAUAUGUGGUUUGUUUGUUUAAAAUUUGAAGACGGAAAUGAUGAAUUAAUUAAAGAUUUUUAUCAAACAGAUAAAUUAGAAAAUCAAACAUAUGACUGGCAGAGUAGAUGUAGCGUUGAAGACCGAAUUUUGUUAUUAACGGAAAAAUUUCCUCUAUCAUCAAGAAAUAUUAUAAAUAUUUAUAUAAAAUAUGGCGUUUUUGCUGAUGUGGACGGAUUAACAACUGCAAAGACUUUAACUACAUAUAGAAAAGGAUUUGAACUAUUAAUGAAAUGUUUGCCUGAUUAUCACUAUGCACUUACUAUUGCUAUGCAACUGAGUAUUGGUCUUUUAUAUUGUAAUAGAGGGGAACGUUUUUUAGCUAUCCAAUUUGGAGAAGAAGCUCUUCAUGUAGCCGAAACUUAUUUACAAAUUGAUCAUGAAUGUUCUCUUAUUUGCUACAACUAUCUUGCCGUUAUUCAUCAAAUAGAAGAUCAGUACACAGAAUCAUUAUCAAUUUAUGAAAAAAUGUUAUCGAUUGCAAAGGAACAUGAUAAUAGUUCAGCUCUACUUGCUAUUUAUUUUGAUAUAAAUCGUAUUACAUGUGACUUUGGUGAUUAUGAAUAUGAAAUGGUAUCUUUAAAAAAGAUGGUAGAAUUAGAAAGAAAAUUAGGUUGUGAGAAUUUAGAAAAUAAUUACUAUCAAUUUGGAUCAUAUUAUGAGAGGCAAGAAAAUUUCACGAUCGCAUUAUAUUAUUAUAAAGAACAUUUUCAAUGUCUAUUAAAGAAGCAUGCAUGUUUAAUUGAUUUAUUAAGAAGUUAUUCUCGAAUAGGAAAAAUGUACGAAAAAUACAAUCAUUAUAUAGCAGCUUUACAAAUCUACAUUCGAGUUCUUCUAGCAGAACCUAUAACAUUAAUAUCGUACGGUUGUUCACUGCUUCGAAACCAAAUAUCCCAUGAGUUUAUUCCAAAUAUUAAAUUAAAAUACAAUUACAUUUUAAUUUCUCAAUUUGUUUCGAAUAUCAAAAAAAAUGUGAGUUAA